UGUGUUUAGGAAUUGUCUGUCUGUGAUUUGACUCUACUACUUUGCGCAGCCACCAACGGAUCAAUACAUAAUUCCACGACACCACCAUCUCUUUCCCCCCCUCGUUUACAUUCCUACAACUACAACCAAAACCAAAUCACCAGAAACUCAAUCAAACACGGACUUCAGAUUUGGAACUACGCUUCUACUACUACAACAGAAGGUAUUCCGUUGGUAGACGUCAGUUCGCCCACACAAUUGUCCCACUUCAAAGAGAAUCCGAGGCCGACCUACGACAGUCAAUCAUGUCCGGGUCUCAAUCACCUACGUCUACUCCCUCCUCACCCGCGCGGCCCCUCAUGGAACGUCGCGGGUCAUCUAGAUCUUUAUCACUAGAUUUCUCUAGCUUACCUCCUCUGACCCAACCAACGCCACCCACGAACACCCUACUUAUCACCAACCUAAACGAUACUGAGAUCUUCCGCCCCGACAACCUACAAACUCUCCGCGAGCUCAUCCAAGCCACAGCGCCCGUAUACACUUGGUCGCCGUUAAAGUCCUUCCGCCGUAUCGUAGUCUCGUUCUUCGACGAGCAAUCUGCAAUUAGGGUACGAGCAGUAUGGGACGGCGAGGCGAUCAUGGGUGAGCGGUGUAAAGUCUACUUUGGCCAACCCACCCCAUUAGAUCUACACGAAAAUGAGCAUCUGAAGCUUCCCGACGCCGGGAAGCUGUUUUUCAUCAGCCCGCCACCCUCACCGCCUCACGGCUGGGAGAUGAAGUUAGAGGAUGCCCCGAACAAGCUGGUACACGCAGAGGAUCUCGCAGAAGCCUUGUCGAAACUACGUCAUCAAGCCGCCCCAGCGGAAGCUUCUCCAGUCUCUCCUGUCGAUGGCGCUUCGGUAUUCAGGACUAGGAGUAGGAGUAGCACUCUAAUCUACCAUCCCGACGAGCAUGGCGGUAGCCCGAACUUACCCGCCAUAUCCGUCGAUGAUAUGACAGACGAUCCUAUGGAGCUGAGCCCCAGUAGCCAGGAAGGCCCCAUCAAAGCGCAUACCGCCCGACCUCCCGUCGAGCUGAUGGAAUAGGGAUUUCAUGUUUUCAUGCUUACGGGCAUCAAAGUCUUCUAAAGAAAAGUGCAUAUUUCCGUUACAAUCAGGUCCAGUUUGGCGUUACGGCGGGGUUCAUCAUUGGCGCUCGAGUCCGAGGUCUAGGUCAACACUCGGAGGGGUUUGUCACGGCAUAGCAUUGUUCAUGAGAGCAACAGAAGCAUACGAGGGAUAGAAUGGAUCGUAUUGGGAGUUUUCGUUACAUAUUGUUGAGAUGCCAGAAACGAAGAGCAGGACAAGAGGAUGGGACCGUCCAUAUUGUACCAGCGUUCAAUAGAGCUCAGAAGUUCGAUUAAUAUCAAUAUGAAGUGUACAAAGCGA